UAGUGAGUUCAAUGUCUUCAGAUGCUCAGUCCCAUCUACAUGCAUUUUUAUUGAUUCAACUGUUAUAUUAUCUUGUCUCUGGUCUCUCAUUCAACUCAACUCCAGCUCGUCUUCAUCCAUCUCAACUGCUCUGCUCUGCUCUGCUACUGACUUUCAGCCGCCAAACCAUCCCCAUACGCCACCACGCCACGGAUCAGGGGAACAAUCAGCACAUGGCAUAGGCGAAUCCCGCUCCAGCCCUUUACAGCCACGAGCAAGCAUCAGUCAAGUACUUGUACAGCAAAUGUAAGUGUACAUGUACAAAGCCAUCAUCACUAAAAACAAACAAACGCUCCAACCCUUCUCUCUCUCUUCAUUCACAAAUCAACUCAACUCAAUCCAAAUUCCCC